UCUGUUUUUGUUUUCUGGGGGUGUGUAUAGCCGAGGGGGUCGAGGAGGAGAUGGAGCGCUGAGUUGUUGUUCUGGUCUCCAUGACGACACCCCACCACCACCUCCCUCCUUUGUCUUUUCUCACCCCCAGACUCCCAUUCAUCCCCAUUGUAGUAGCUGAGCUGUGUUGCGCUGAGAAACCGCAGGGGACUCUUGGGAAUGUGGCGCCUGUGUGCGGACAUCAACUCGACAUUGCACGGAGCAAGAAAAUAUUCAGCAUGUUGCAUUCUUUUAAAUCAUUUCCUCUUUAGCAUUAAUGUAAAACUAGCGUGUUGUAGAUCUGUGCAAAUGCUUGGCCUCCGCGUUGAUGUUUCCUGAAUGCUGGAAACGCAAGGCCUGGUGUGCAAGGUGGCGUAGUUGCCCUUUAGCAGGCUGAGAACACACUCUGGGCCAAUACGCUUAUGGAUUCUCAUGAAAAAGUCUCCCAUAAGGCGGAAGAAUGGGCUCAGCUAUGUCCUGUGCUGCCGACAGCACACAGCCUUUCAACAGAGCGCACAGUGCCAACAUUUUAACAAUGCUGUCUCUCUUCUUUCCAUGGCUGCUUGGUAUGUGCCCCUUUCGAAACAGUUUUACUUGUCUCACAUGACAAAUUAUCCUCUUCCUUUGCACUCUCUCCUCACUGCUAAUCUCUCCUCUAUCCCUUGGCUCACACGGCCAGCCUCCAAGAUAGAUUCCCUCAGGAGUAAAGUGGACUUGUUGCGUCUUCCGUUGGUCCUUUCCUCAAAGUCCAUCAGCAACCGCAAGAGCCAAUUGGGCGUGGUGUGGGAGAAGGGCGGCGGCUCGGGGACGGGAGUGGCACGGAAACUCCGCCCACCGCCGGCCUCCGACAUGGACAACGAGUCAACGUAUUCGGGCUAUUCCUACAAGUCGUCCCACUCGCGUACCUCCCGUAAAAACAGGGAGAGAAGGGACCGGCAUCGCUUGAAGAAUCGGGAUGGCUCAAUCCGUGGAGAUAAGUCUGUGAUGAUCCAGGCUCCGGGGGAGCCGCUGCUGGAUCCCGAGUCCACCAUACCAGACGACCGGGACGACAACUGGGGUGAGACCACCACCGUGGUCACUGGGACGUCUGUGGACAGUAUCUCCAAUGAGGAUCUGACUCGAAUCUCUAAGGACUUGGAGGACUCUUUGCCUCUCGACUGUCGCCGUUACAUCAGCCCUGUUCUAGGAGCCAUUUUGGGGCUCAUCUCUGUAAUCACUCCCUUGGCUUUCCUUGCCCUUCCACAGCUCCUUUGGCGGGACACAUUGGACCCUUGUGGAACGCCAUGUGAGGGCCUUUACAUCUCUCUGGCUUUCAAACUCCUGAUCCUCCUCAUCUCCACAUGGGCGUUGUUCCUCCGGCCGUCCAGGGCCACUCUGCCACGCUUCUUCGUCUUCCGCUGUCUGCUCCUGGCGCUGGUCUUUCUCUUCGUUGCGUCUUAUUGGCUCUUCUACGGCGUCCGGGUCCUGGAGCCCCGCGAGACGGACUACCGGGGGAUCGUGGGAUAUGCCGCGUCUCUGGUGGAUGCACUGCUGUUCAUUCAGUAUCUGGCUCUAGUUCUGCUGGAGGUCCGACACCUGCGGCCCGCUUUCUGUCUGAAGGUCGUCAGGACCGCUGACGGAGUCAGUAGGUUCUACAACGUGGGGCAUCUUAGCAUCCAGAGGGCAGGAGUCUGGGUUCUGGACCAGUACUACAGCGACUUCCCAGUCUAUAACCCGGCGUUGCUUAACCUCCCCAAGUCCAUCCUUACCAAGAAGUUGUCCUCCUUCAAAGUCUACAACUUGGAAGAAGAGAACACCAACAACUCCACAGGCCAGUCCAGAGCCAUGAUAGCAGCCGCCGCUCGGAGAAGAGACAACUCCCAUAACGAGUACUACUACGAGGAGGCCGAGGUGGAGAGGAGGCUCCGCAAACGCAGGGCCAGACUGGUAGUGGCAGUAGAAGAAGCUUUCACCCACAUCAAGCGUCACCAGGAUGACGACACGCCCACAUCGUCUCCCAAACACCCACGGGAGGUGAUGGACCCCAGGGAGGCCGCCCAGGCUAUCUUCGCCCCCAUGGCCCGGGCCAUGCAGAAGUACCUGCGGGCCACCAGGCAGCAGUCCUAUCACACCAUGGAGAGCAUCAUCAACCAUCUGCAGUUCUGCAUCACGCACAACAUGACGCCUAAGGCCUUCUUAGAGCGCUACCUCAGUCCUGGUCCCACCCUCCAGUAUCUGGACAACAACAGGGGGCGCCAGUGGACACUGGUGAGCGAGGAGCCGGUGACGGCCUCCUUGCGCCAAGGCCAGGUCUUCUGCCUGAAGCGCCUCGACUUCGCCCUGGUCGUCAAGGUGAUGCCCCUCCCUUUCCUGCGCCUAGCCGAGGAGUUCAUCGACCCAAAAAGCCACAAGUUUGUCAUGAAGCUCCAGUCAGAGACAUCUGUGUAGCAGAACGGAUGCAGCUGGACAGAAGGAAAGGGGAAGUUGGAAGAUGCUUCUUAUCGAGGGCAUGUUUUUUUUUAUAUAUACCUUGUAGUAUUACAGUGUUAUUAUACAUGUUUUUUUUUUAUUAUUCUUAUUUGUCCAAAUACAAAGCCAUAAAAUAUAUGGCCAAGAUAGAGAAAGAUGAAGUCGUAGUUCUCUAUAUUAGUUAAAGAAAGCAAGAUAAAGACACUUCCCUGUCCGACUGCUGCUGGGGAAGUAUCAGUCAGACACUUUGUUCUUCUCUGAACAAAUGUCAUACACGACAAAAGGUGUUCUUUAGGCUUUGCUCCAGAUCCAGAUGUGCUUUUUGCUUCUCUCAUGUGUGUUUUAUUUACUAUUUAACAUGGGCCUUCAUACCACCACAGCACUCUGCUGAAAGUCUUUUAUUUUAUCCCAGGCUUUUAGAUGAGACUAUUUUGCUGAACAAAUCUUGGUUUAUAUUUUUUCAGUAGGUUUAUUUUGGUUUUUUUUGUACAACUCAAAUUGUAACCUUAUAAAGCAAAAUCAAACAUCACAAAACCCAACUGAAAUGAUAUUCUAACCUUUCCAGAGUCUCAUGACAAAAUGAUACAAUCCGAAACAAAAGACAACAGAUUUUUUUCCCCUCUGAUUUUCAGUUCUGCUUUCUAUAAAUGGCAGACGAAGACAGAAAUAAUUAACUUCUACUGUGAAGUGUAUCAACGUUCUUUCAUGUGACAGACAAGGGGACCAAUUUUGAUUGUUGUGAAAAAUGUAUUAAUUGCUUCGCUUGGAACAGAAAGGUAUUGGCUUCCAGUGAGUAAUAACACUGUCGUUUUUUUUCCCCCCCCGCAUUGUAUACCCCUGCUGCAUCUACAUGCUCCCAUGUGAAACUUUUCUUUUUUAAGGAAUGUUGCAGCGUUACUUGUAUGUGAGAGUACAAAAUUCUGGACUCCAUUUUUUUUUUCCCCUCCAGGGGGUCUUUUGUGGGCUCUAGUGUCCCUUAUAUGACAGAAGGCUGACAGGAAAGGGGGAGAAAAAUGGGGGAAAACAUGCGGCAAAUGUCGCCGGGUCCGGGAAUCGAACCCGCGACGGCCGCGACGAGGACUCAAGGACUCCAAAUGUGGGUCGCGCUGACACCUACGCCACCACAGCACGCCCCGGACUCCAUCUUUUAAAGGGUUUUGGUUAAUGGUACAUAUUUGUUUUGUUUUUUGUUGUUUUUUUGUGGAGUAUUCUGUAUCAGACAGCAGUGACAAGAAUUACCGUGUCUGUAAAUCCGCUGAACGGAUCUUAACCUGACAGUGCAGCUAAACACCUGGUGUCUCUGAUUGGAAAAUGUGGACAUAGAGUUCAUGGUACGCUGAGCAGUUUGAUUAUUUACUGGCACAGAGGAACUUUCCUACACUGACUGUUGUUAACUGAAGACUGUAUUCCACACAAAUAUUUUUAAAAAGUAAAUUUUAAUGAUAAGCCACGUCACUCUGGAGAGUGUGUCAUGUCAGUGGAAAGUCCUUUCAAAGACACAAGGCUAUGUGAACCUGACCGUAGCUGCUAACCACAAAUCUCUGUUGGGUUAGCUUGAUCAUACCGUGAUUUGAUGUCUUUUUUGUUUUCUGGUACCCAUGUUUUUGAGAGCUAAACCUCUGAAGAGCUGAGAAAUGGACUUUGAAGUUGCCCUUUUUACGCAUUUCGCUAAAUGUAUGCUAAACAGAGGCACCGUGGCAUCCACUCGUUGUAAGCUCACUAACUACAUUCACUACAUUGUUCUACCGUACACUUCGUUACGCUUUGUUUGAUUCUUCUUUCUGAAGUCGACACGUAGAUCUGUGGAUUGACUAAUCGCACUGCUAGAUGCAGUACAAGACAAUAGCAUAUUUCUCUCUGUUUUGUGCGUCCAAACACUAAAAAGCCUUAACAAACACUUUGGCGUACGUUAAUGCAGACCUCAAAGAAAAACCUCCUGCUCUUACUAUUUUCUACUCAACUGAACCACAGCGAUCAACUUGGAGAAAAUCUGUUUUCACUCGUCAUUACAGCCAAUUAGAGAAGACAAAAAUAACCAGAAACGAAAGAAUAAAAGGAAUUCUCACCGGAAUAUCUAUGCAGGUUUUUAUUUUAUCUUUAUUGUCCCUAGCUACAUGACAAACAAAUGGAAUAGAGAAAAUGGCACAUCACGCCACCCUGUGAAUGCAAGGAGUGCUUUAUACAAAAUUACAGAACUACAUUCUGAUUUAUAGAUAUGUUCUAGGGUUACAACUGAAUCCAAAGACAAAAGCAGAAGUAUAAUUAGUGCUGCAGCGGAAUAAGUUUGAAUUGUUAAAAAAAAAAUUGGAGUGGGCUGAGAGAAGAGGAAGUGUGGUGGUGGUGCUAUUGGUUUUAUGACAACUGCAGUUUAAUGUCAACAUGUCAAGACUUCAGUAUUGCGACUUGCUUUCUAGUAUUAGUGCUGGUAUUUGGAUAACAAAGCCAAGCUCUCUCAAAAUCAAAUAUGGAUUACAUUUAAGGUGCUUAAACUUUAUAAAAGCCUCUGAAAGAUUUGUUUUAAUAAGCUAACUGAUCAAUAAAUAGUUGAUUCAGUGUUUUGUAGUCAGGAGUAAUAAGCUGGUGGAUAUUACUUUAGGUCACUGCAGGCCUCUCACACAUCUGUCCAUACAUGGAAAUAGUGAAAUAUGUGUAGCUGCACUAUUGUACAUUUUGAAAGUGUAUAAUGCCAUCUGACUUCAACUUUUUUAGCCUCUUUUCCAUCUUCUAAAAUGCUAAUAUCUCCGAAGGACAUUGUUAUCAGAAACUAUUUUUUGUACUGUUAUGCUUCCAGUUGAUGCCAACUGUUUAUAAUAAAUGAUCACAUUUUUAAAUGUCA